AUGGGGAUCAUGGCCACAAGGGGCCACAAUCCCUAUCUUGCGCUGUCUUAUCGGCGGGUUGAUACAACACUGGCUAAACUGCGUAAGGUGGGGGACCAGGUGGGCCGAAUGGUCCGCCGUGUUUCCAACAAACGCGGGGGGUUACGGUGCAAAGACGCCUUGCGGCUGGCGCACGCGUUUGUGACCAGUCGAGUCCUCUACUCGACUCCUUACCUCCACCUGCGCAAGUUUGACGAGACCGCCCUUGAGGUGCUUCUUAGAAAGAUGUACAAGCGUGCCCUCGAUCUCCCGAUGAACACGUCCAACCAGCGCCUCAUGGGCCUGGGGAUGGUAAACACUUUCGCGGAGCUCCAGGAGGCACACUUGACCAAUCAAUAUACAAGACUUUCAAAGACGUCGUCGGGACGCCACCUAUUAGCCCGACUACACAUCCAUCACCUAACACUGACAGAAGAGCGCGUACGCAUCCCCGAAGUCUGGAGAUGCGCCCUGCACGUGCGCCCUCUUCCAGCCAACAUGACACGUGACGACCACAGUGGCAGGCGCCUUGCGCGGGCGGAGGCACUGGCCCGCCACUAUGGGUCCAAACCCGGAAUCUUCUAUGUGGACGCCUCCGGCCCUCACCAUGGGGGGAGGUACACGGCUGCAGUCGUCCACCAAAACGUCCUGGUGAACGGCCUUACGUUCAGAGCUAAAGACAUAACACAUGCGGAGGAGAUCGCCAUCGCUCUAGCCGCCGCAGACCAGGACUCGAGAGUCAUCAUCACCGACUCGAGAGGGGCCUGCAGAAAUAUUGAACAGGGGUACAUUCCUCUCUUUGCGUAUCGCAUCCUUAAAGAUAGUGACUACCUCGGGGCCCCCGCGUCUCGAACGAUCGUCUGGGCUCCUGCUCACAUGGGCCUCGAAGGCAACGAAACGGCAGACGCCGCCGCCCGCGCGCUCACUCUCCGGGCAACGCCUUCAGACCCUUCCGAAAUGGAUCCCGAACCCAAUCCAGCCUUCACUUUUCGAGAAAUUACUCAAUUAUACCAAUUCGGCCACGCAAUUUAUCCUAAGCCCUGUAAGGGCCUUACAAAGGCGGAGGAACGCACACUCCUCCGUCUCUACACCAAAACCCUGCUGUGCCCGGCAGUUUUAAAACACUUUGAUCCUGCUUAUACAGGAAAAUGCCCGCACUGUGCGGAGAAGUCUUCGGACAUCUUCCACAUGGUGUGGGCAUGCCAAUCAACCCCGAACCUCGUCCCAAAACCCAACCCCACCCGGGAGGACUGGGAGGCAGCCCUGCUCGACUGCUCCGACCUGGAGGGCCAGAAGGCCCUGGUUGACCGAGCCCAAACCGCGGCAGUCGCCAAUGGGCUCCUGUACUGA